GCUAGCAUAAUCUAAUUUCAUUUAAGGAUGUUAAAAUACUCGGUGACUCCUGACUCCUGAGCUCCGCCACUAAUCAUCGCUAUAUGCUCGUGUGUCUUAUCGAUGGCUCCCGUUCAGCUCGACUACUCUAAUCUGCUUCUCUCUGUCAUCCUCGCGGUUUCCUGCUUCGUCAUCGUAAGAAGCUUCAGGUCAGGCCGCAAAGAUGGCAGCCGAGUACUGCCGCCUUCCCCUCCGGCGCUGCCCAUCAUCGGCAACCUUCACCAGCUCGGCCGGAGCCACCACCACCGGACACUGCUGGAGCUAGCGCGGCGCCACGGCCCGCUUUUCCUCCUCCACCUAGGUUCCGUACCCACUCUCGUGGUCUCAUCGGCCUCCAUGGCCGAGGAGGUGCUCAAGGCCCAAGACCACGUCUUCUGCAGCCGCCCGCAGCAGCACACGGCGCGUGGCCUCCUUUACGGCUGCCGGGACGUUGGCUUCAGCGCCUACGGCGAGCGGUGGCGCCAGCUGCGCCGCAUCGCCGUCGUGCACCUCCUCAGCGCGAAGCGGGUCGAUUCCUUCCGCGCGCUCCGGGAAGAGGCGGUCGCGUCCUUCGUGGACCGGAUCCGCGCUGCCGCUAGCGCCCAUGCGGACGACGACGGCGAUGGAAAGCGCCGACGAGGGGUCAAUGUGAGUGAGUUGUUCAUCAGCUUAACCUACACUGUCAUCUCCAAGGCAGCGUUCGGGAGCAAGCUCGGAGGCAUGGAGCCCGAAGCGGUCCGUGCGAUGAUGAUGGAGACCAGCCAACUGCUGGGGACGAUCGCGGUGAGCGACGUGUUCCCGUGCCUCCGCUGGGUGGACUGGGCGACGGGACUCGACGCAAGGACAAAGAGGACGGCGAGGAAGCUUGACGCCGUUCUUGAGUCUGCGCUCCAGGAGCACGAGAAGAGCAGCGGGCGCGGGGACGCCGAUGACCUCCUCGACGACUUGCUCUUGGCAGUGAAGCACGGCGGCGCUGGCUUAAACCUUGACAGGACUGAUGUCAAGGGACUCAUCGCUGACCUCUUCCUAGCAGGCACUGAUACAAUUGCCAAAACGAUGGAGUGGACAAUGGCCGAGCUAGUGAAGAACCCAAAGGAGAUGGAGAAAACACAAGCCGAGGUGCGACAAGUUGUAGGGGAACAUGGACGAGUCACAGAGGAGCUACUGAGUACAAUGACACGGCCACAGGCUGCCAUCAAAGAAGCUCUACGGUUGCAUGCGCCAGUGCCAAUGCUUGUCCCUCGCGAGGCAGUCCAGGACACCAAGCUGCACGGCUACGAUAUCCCAGCCAAGACCCGGGUCCUCAUCAACGCGUGGGCGAUUGGCAGAGACGAAGAGUCAUGGGAGAAUGCAGAUACAUUCAGGCCAGAGAGGUUUGUGCAUACUACAAACUUUGACUACAGUGGUAAAGACUUCCGAUUCAUCCCGUUCGGUGCUGGGAGGAGAGGAUGCCCUGGCAUUGGCUUUGGGACGCGCCUCGCGGAGCUUGCGCUAGCAAAUUUGUUGCAUCAUUUUGACUGGGAGUUACCAGAUGAUCAGGACCUUGAGUCGUUUGAAGUCGUGGAGUCGAGUGGCCUUUCACCUGGUCUUAAGUAUCCCUUGACCCUUGUAUCGAAAACACCGCAAGCAUGAACCAUGGGGAGACACAGAACUUACCAUGUAUGAGUGUGUGUUUGUUUUGGGUAAAAAUCAGGUCUACGGUCUCCUCCCUAUACCGUGAGAAUGAUCAAGAAAAUCCUUGUAAUUGGAGUACUUGCAUAUGAGAAUAAGUAUGAUGUGACGAUCCAGAAGGUGGAAUUAA